GAUCAGUAAGGAGGAGUUUGACCUGGAAGCGCGCAGGCUUCUUACGCAAGACAAUGUCCACUCUCACAACGAUUUCCUCCUGGCCAUUCUUACCCGAUGCCAGAUCUUGGUUUCUGCACCAGUGUCCAGAGAAGGAAACAGUGAAGCUGUGGGGAAGAUCUGUCAGGACUUGUCAUGACCAAGACUCCUGCUGUGCUCUUAGCCCCUUCCCCAGCAGUUGCUGGCAGUGCAGCUGAGAUGGAAGGACAGAUAAAUGUAGAGCUGAGAAACCAAAACCAGAUGGAUCAGGAAAGGAAGCCUGCAGAGAAUGAGGGGAAGAGCUGGCAAAGAGGGCAGGUUAGGAACACGCUGCACCUUGUGUCUGCGACUGCUCAGUGGAUUUUACUGCUUGGCUGCUUGAUUUACCUUGCUAUAGGUUCUCUGCAACCCUCAACGCCUUGGAGUAGCCUUCACUUGGAAAAACUGCCGUGGACCCAUAUCCGGUACACAGGAGAAAGCAUCAAAGGAGUAGCCAUGAAUUUCACUCCUUAUGCAGGCACUAUUCAGAUCAAAAAUGGUUCCAUCAUGAUCAGCUGUGAUGGCCUCUACUUAGUGUCCUUGAAGGGCUUUAUCUUUUUUGCUGACUUGGAAGAGGGGGACUUGUGGAAGCUAACACUGCAGAAGACAAACAAGGAAACCAGCAGGCCCCUCUGGGAGCAAACAGUACAGGAAAGGGACAAUGAAAUAAAUCUCACCAUGGUGCUCUUCUUGUUUGAGAAGGAUUACAUCACCCUGUGGACCAAUUCCAGUGCCAACAUUACGGGUUUGUCAUUUAGCCUUGUGUUACAAAGUCCCUUCAAUUGCUCUCAUCUUCAGUCAUAGAAGAUGAGAAGAUAUGAAAUGUAACAUGUAAAGUACAGCGUUUCCUACCAAUCUAUUUGCCUGUGGGAGGUUUGCUCUCACUGGCUCUACUUGUACAGGCAGACAGCUCUAGCCUCCCUCCUUACGGCUGCAGAAAGCCUCAGCUGGAGUGCAGAUAAAUCACAGUGCGAACGGGGUUUAUACAGUGCAUGCUGUGCUCGUCUCUUUGGAGCAAUGUGCAGCUGUUUUGCUACCCAGGAUGGAUCUUUCUAGCUCUGGAGAAACGACUAUGCAGAGCCCUUGAGGAGAACAGAAAUGAAAGCUGAAGAAAGUCACCUAAGCUUAGCUCAUAUUCAGAGAAACCCCAUGUUUCUGUUUACCUGACAGUAUCUGUAUAUAGUACAAAAGCACUGUACAUUUGCUAAAAUAAAAGGCUGGUAAAUCAGGAAGAUA